UGUUUAUUUGCGUGUUCUUCUCGGUCACGCCGGCGUGGCGGCGAUCCUCUCUUUCUUGGCGAUCGAGCUUCUAACGAUCCGAUCGAGCGAUUUCUCGGCGGAAAUCGACCCCAGGUAGCGGUAUCGGCCUCGCAUUGCGCCGCUCGCGAGCGGAUUCUAGGGUUCUUGAUGGCGCAGGGGGCCAAGCUUACUCUCCUCGCGCUCGCCACCGCAACAGCUGGGAUCUAUGCCUCGAUCUUGUACGCCUACAAUGGCGAUCGGCAGGCUAUGCUUGAAGCUCUCCAGGGCGUCUCCCAGCGCCUUGGAAGAUGGGCAAUGCCAGUGUUUGUGCUGGCUCAUACCCUCGCCAUCGCGACGUGCUUCCCCUACGCGGUUUUGUUCGAGGCCGCCGCGUCCUUCUUGUUUGGAUUCGUCCAUGGAGUGGCUUGUGUCUUCUCGGCCAAAGUCUUGGGAGCUGCUCUGGCAUUCUGGCUUGGAAGACUGCUAUUCCGGAGCUCGGAAACUCUGUCUGGCUUUGUGCGCAAGAACAAAUACUUCAGCGUCAUAAGAGAUGGUGUGGCGAGAGAUGGCUGGAAGUUCGUUCUCCUCGCGCGCUUCUCGCCAGUUCCAUCUUACGUGAUCAACUACGGCCUGGCUGCCACCAACGUCGGCUUCUUCGUCGACUUUCUUCUGCCAACUCUUGUCGGUGGGCUUCCUAUGAUACUUCAAAACACUUCCAUCGGCAGCCUUACCAGUGCAGCAGCGCAUUCGAAAGGAAAUUCUGGCAGCAUGCUUUCGUACGCUCUUCCAGCUAUCGGCGUUUGUUCUGGGAUAUUGAUAACCUGGCGGAUCAAAAGGUAUGCUUCUCAAGGAUUUGAAGCGCAACCGAGGCGAGAGAACCGGCCGUUGGAGAUGGAAAAUCCGCGUGUCCCGGAGGAACUUUUGAGGGACACCACAAAUGGAAACAUAGGUGUUUUGAAACGUUCAAUCCAGAAGAGAUGAAUUCUUUUUUUGAUUACUAUUCUAAGAUAUGCUUAUUUUAAAUAUGAUUGAAAAAUACUUUAAUUA